AUGGCGGACCAAACGCUCAGGGAUCACGAUGUCAUUGGCGAGGUGGAGAAGGCGGAGGCGACGCACCAAGAACAUGUCGGUUCUCAUCAUGAAGAAUUGACCGAGGAGGAGAAGAGGAUCGCAAAGAAACUGAGACGCAAGAUCGAUCUUCGCAUCAUGCCUUUGGUCAUCAUGGUUUACCUCAUGAAUUACAUCGAUCGGAACAACUACGCCGCUGCCAAACUUCAAGGACUGGUCGAAGAUUUGCAUCUGGUGGGCGAUCAGUAUCAAACGGGACUUUCUAUCCUCUUCGUUGGAUAUAUCCUGAUGCAAGUACCGUCCAACCUGGCACUGAACUACGUGGGUAGACCGUCAUGGUACCUCGGUUUCUUCACCAUUGCAUGGGGUUUAGUGAGCGCCUGCACUUCACAAGUGGCGAGCUAUGGCGGAAUCGUCGCUUGUCGCUUCAUACUAGGGCUGGUGGAAGCCCCCUUCUUUGCGGGUGUUUUAUUCUAUCUGUCCAAGUGGUACACGAAGGAGGAGCUCGCGAAGCGCAACGCCAUCUUUUAUUCCGGCUCUCUCGUCUCAGGCGCCUUCGGCAAUCUUAUUGCUGCUGGUAUAUUGAACGGCCUGGCUGGCGAAAUGGGCAUGGAUGCCUGGCAGUGGCUAUACAUUAUUGAAGGCGCGAUUACCGUGACCAUCGGCAUCUUGGUUGUCCUCGUCCUACCCGACUUCCCCGAUACUUGGGGCGCGCUUUCGCCCGAAGAAAAGCACGUCGCAAACCGACGUCUCGCCAUCGAUGCCGCAGAAGCAGACAUUGACGAAGCAGGCGGGAUGUCACAAAUUCGAGGCAUGAAGCUCGCCUUUCAGGACCCAAAGACAUAUCUGCUCGCUAUUGCAUACAUGGGCAUCACGGGCGCCGCCGGCUUUCAGAAUUUCUUCCCGACCCUGACGAAGACGCUCGGUUACAGCGAAACGGUCUCGCUGUUACUUGUUGCGCCACCAUACGUCUUCAUGGUGUUCUACUCGUACGCACACUGUUAUGCGAGCGACUACUACGGCAACCGCUUCUGGUUCUUGACUUACCCGGUUUUCGUGAGCACCGUGGGCUUUAUCAUAUUCAUGACCACGGACAGCUUCGGCCCUCGCUACUUCUCUUUCUUCCUGAUGAACUUUGUCUUCGCCCAGAACGGUACGAUCUACGCCUGGAUAUCCAACGCCAUCCCGCGACCACCCGCUAAGCGUGCUGCUGCGCUUGCAUUCAUCAACAGUAUUGGUAACAGCGCCUCAAUUUGGACGCCAUUCAGUUAUGCGCCGUCUUCGGGGCCACAUUAUCGACCUGCGUUGGGUGUGUGUAUUGGCCUGGAGUUCCUUGCGCUUGCGUGCUUCGUCAGUCUGAGGUUCUACUUGCAGAUGCAGAAUCGGCAGUUGGAGAAGAUGGAGUCGGAAGACAGGGAGCUGGAUGAAAGGGAGAGGAAGAAGUUGGAGAGGACGGCUGAGAUGGAGGGUGUAGACAUUCAAAAGGCGCGGAAGCUGCAGAAGGGCUAUCGGUACAUGCUGUGA